AUGAAAUCUUCUGUUCCUUCGAACUCGAACUCGAGCCCGAGUUCGAGCUUGGACAAUGUUAACCGAGCUCGAGCUCGAGCCUAUGCUCAGAUUUCGGCUCGGCUUGGCUCGAUUGCAACCCUACUAAGCAGAAGAGACGGAAGUACUAGAUUGGGGUUCCCCAAUCUCUUCCUUCCUUCUCCAUUUUUCUCCUAUCUCAGCAGCCAUCUCCUCGGCCUUCGUUGUCGCCGCCGCUGGUCGCCUUUGUUGCCUCCGCGAUCCUUAUCCUCGUCGCCGCUGUCGUCUUUGUUGCCUCCGCCAUCCGCCGGCGUCGUCGCAUCCUCCAUCCGCCGCCAUCGCCACCUCCGCGAUCUGCCGCUAUUGUUCCCUUUUCUUUUUUUGCAGCUUUCUCUGCAGUUUCUGCCCCCAAAAGAGAUCCAACUCUCAGAGGCCUAGAAUCAAUAAUGACGGGAGAUCUAUUUAGGAACCCGACCAGUGGGUUAAGCCUAUCCAACACCGGGACGAUCCGCUCGUUCCUCAACUCUGCCAUUGAUGACCAUUCCCUCCCCCAAGACCUCCGCCAAACAGCUUCUGACCUCUCUGCCCAACCAGCUGUUCCCUAUAAGUCUCUCCGAUCCAUCUGGUUUGCAACCGAACCCUCUAUGCGGCCUGACCUGCUCUGCCUCUUAUCUGGAUCAGAAUUCGUCUUUACCUGCCCCAAGCCCAGAGAGAAGGGUAAGGAAUUGAAGGCAAGACUGAGGAAGCUAGAGGAAGUAGCAGAGAAGAAAGCUUAUGAAGAGCUCGUGAAAGAUAUUACACCAAAAAAAGGCACAGAUGAGCCCUUCUCGUCUUACAAGGAUCAGCUUGGUUUUGGUUUACAUGUUGUGGUAACCAUGUUUACUGGCUAUUUGGUUGGAUAUGCGGCAUUCAGAGCAUUGUUUAGCCACAGUCCCGUUAUGAAUGCUGCUGGAGGCAUCCUCGGGUUAGUUUGUGGUAUGCUACUCGAAACACUUAUUUUCAUAAUUAGAACUUCCAAUCAAGAUAUUAGAUCAUCUUCCACUUCCAAAAUAAAGAAGAAUCAAUAAUUUUGACUUUUGGAGGUUGGUGUUGUUCCCUUUUCUUGUGAUUGCUACUGUUGUAAAUUUUUUCAUUCUGUUUAAGUGCAAUAAAAGACAGUUGUACCUCUGGUCCUUUACAUUA